AUGACCCUCGUAUCAGAUAUUAAACUGAUAAGAACAGAUACUACACUUGAUCUUAGCCAAAAGGCCGAGAAAGACCGAAAUGUAUGGUUUUUACGUCUACUUGCUUCCCCGUAUUUGAAGUUUUAUUCUCUAAUCUGCUAUUUGUUACAUGUAUGA